AUGGUAUCGAUUGGAGCUCUGCCAUCGCUCUAAACUGGACCCAUACAGACAAAGAGAAAAUCUCCCUAGAUGACUCUUGUUUUUGCGUUGACUUGAGUAACAGACAACGGUGACUUUUCAAAUCGACUUUUUGCAGCUCGUUUACAAGAAGUUCACUGGCUGUAAGGCGAACUCGGCUGACUGACAGUUGAACAGGGCGUUAUUGAGAUAACAUACCUGAAAAAUGUUAGUACUGCUGUGUAUCACAACAACAUGGUCAACAUUGUGGGUGUUCGUGCUACUGCGAAGAGACGAGAGCGAUUUGAGUUGCAAAAUGUCGUGGAUGCGUACUUUUCUGCUUCAGUAUAAUCCCGGGCACACGUGAUGCGCAAAUCACUUUUGUAGCAACAUCUCUCAUUUGUCAGGGGAAAUCCGUGCGUUUUUCUUAUGCUUUAAGCCGGAAGCUUAACAUUUUUUAAAGUUUUUUAUAUAUUCGUUUUUCUCUUCUUUCGUCAUCAUCUUCUUCUUUUUUUUUAAUUCACACAUUGCUUUACCAGCAUCAUCACCCGCGACCAUGCCAACUUUUGCUCCCGUUGCGUUUGUUUCGUAGUGGAGAGAAUUGGGAACUGUGGAUGCCCGAAUGAAUGGGGAUCGUGCUUUGUGAAGGUUUCAACUGUCGACAUCCUGCCAAUUUUAUGUGCUUGCCCAGACAAUUGAGUGUUUAUCGUCCUCAUUCGUAUAUCCGUUUUGAGCCAAGAACAAACAGGCAACAGAGAUCGCGUCAUAUUAGACCGCCAAUGUCGAAGAAACGCAAAACUCCAGACGACGGUGGUGGUGGCGGUGGGGAGCUUGCGGGCACUGAGGUUUCCCUUCAACAAGGUCUGACGGAUGAGAAAGUGAAGGCGUAUCUCUCCCUCCACCCGCAGAUGCUGGAUGAGUUUGUGCUGGAAAGCGUGAGUGCGGAGACGGUAGACAGAUGGCUGAAACGGAAGAACAGCAGUCAGCCUGCAGAUGACUCCUCAGCUAAAGAAGUUAGCAGGCAGUACCAGGACACGAAUAUGCAGAGCGUCGUAUAUGAGCUCAACAGCUACAUGGAGCAGCGGCUGGACACUGGAGGAGACAACAAACUACUGCUCUAUGAGUUGUGCAACAUCAUCAAAACAGCCACAAAAGCUGAUGGAUUUGCACUUUACUUCCUUGGAGAAUGUAACAAUAGUUUAUGUUUGUUCACUCCGACGGGGGCAAAAGAGGGGCUUCCUGGGCUCAUCCCCUCUGGUCCCAUCACGUUUGGGACCACCAUCGCCGCUCACGUUGCAAAGACACGCAAGACACUACUAGUAGAGGACAUCAUGGGGGACGAGAGAUUCCCUCAUGGCACAGGGCAGGACUCAGGGAUCCGUGUACAUUCUGUUUUGUGUCUACCCAUCCUCACCGCCAUCGGAGACCUCAUCGCUAUCCUGGAGCUGCACCGCCACUUGGGCAGAGAGCCCUUCAACCUCAGCCACCAGGAGGUUGCAACAGCAAAUUUGGCCUGGGCAUCUGUAGCCAUACAUCAAGUUCAGGUCUGCAGAGGUCUCGCUAAACAGACGGAACUCAAUGACUUUCUCCUAGAUGUGUCAAAAACAUACUUUGACAACAUAGUGGCAAUAGAUUCUCUACUUGAACAUAUCAUGAUAUAUGCAAAAAACCUGGUUAAUGCCGACAGAUGUGCGCUUUUCCAGGUGGAUCACAAUAACAAAGAGCUGUACUCUGACUUGUUUGAUAUUGGGGAGGAGAAUGAAGGGAAACCUGUCUUUAGGAAAACCAAAGAAAUUAGGUUUUCUAUAGAGAAAGGAAUAGCAGGUCAGGUGGCACGAACGGGAGAAGUUUUGAAUAUUCCGGAUGCCUAUGCAGACCCCCGUUUCAACAGAGAAGUAGAUCUCUAUACUGGCUACACGACGCGGAAUAUCCUGUGCAUGCCCAUAGUCAGCCGCGGGACUGUGAUCGGUGUUGUACAAAUGGUGAACAAGCUGGGAGGAAGUGCCUUCACUAAAACUGAUGAGAACAACUUUAAGAUGUUCGCCGUCUUCUGUGCUUUGGCCUUACACUGUGCAAAUAUGUAUCACCGGAUAAGACAUUCAGAGUGCAUUUACCGGGUGACAAUGGAGAAGCUUUCGUACCACAGCAUCUGCACCUCAGAGGAGUGGAAGACCCUCACACAACUCUCCCUCCCUACAGCCAUAUAUAAAGAGAUCGAACUGUUUCAUUUUGACAUUGCCCCUUUUGAGGAAAUGUGGCCUGCAAUAUUUGUUUACAUGGUUCACAAUUCUUGUGGGAAAAACAGCUUUGAGCAGGAGAAACUGUGUCGCUUCACUAUGUCAGUGCGGAAAAAUUACAGACGAGUUCCAUACCACAACUGGAAACACGCUGUGACGGUGGCACACUGCAUGUACGCCAUUCUGCAAAAAACAACUGGGAUAUUCACAGAGCUUGAGAGGAAAGGGUUGCUGAUUGCCUGCUUGUGUCAUGACCUGGACCACCGCGGGUACAGUAACAGUUAUCUCCAGAAGUUUGACCAUCCGCUGGCUGCCCUGUAUUCCACAUCCACAAUGGAACAGCAUCAUUUUUCACAGACGGUGUCCAUCCUGCAGCUGGAAGGGCACAAUAUUUUCUCCAACCUGACUUCCAGUGAGUAUGAGCAGGUGCUGGAGAUCAUCAGGAAAGCCAUCAUUGCUACAGACCUUGCUCUGUACUUCGGCAACCGCAAGCAACUGGCUGAACUGCUGGCCACAGGGGCGCUGGACCUAAACAACCGUGCUCACAGGGACCGUGUGAUUGGUCUGAUGAUGACUGCCUGUGAUCUCUGCUCUGUUACCAAACUAUGGCCCAUCACACGACUCACAGCCAAUGACAUCUAUGCUGAGUUCUGGGCUGAGGGGGAUGAAAUGAAGAAGAUUGGAAUGCAGCCCAUCCCCAUGAUGGACAGGGAUAAAAAGCAUGAGGUUCCCCAGGGACAGGUGGGAUUUUACAAUGCAGUGGCAAUUCCCUGUUACACCACCCUGUCAGAGCUGUUUCCUCCCUCCAGCCCUCUGCUUACAGCUUGCAGGGAAAACCUGGCCCAAUGGGAACGGAUUGUUCGAGGAGAAGACAUCUCUACGUGGGCUUCCACUGAGGAGGCCGAACUGAGCGAGACAUCAGACAGUGGACCAGUGAAAGUGGACAACUGAAUCUGUGGCACCUAUCCCACAACACCACCUACACCCUGUCAGAGACGCUGGACUUCCUGUGGACAGUCCCACAUCCUGCAGAGACAGGAGGAAGUGCAGAGGGCAGGCGGGGACAGAUACAUUCAGAAAAAUAAACAAAACAUAAUGUUACCUCAGUGGGUGACGGAGGCGUACACUCUAAUGACAUCAGGGCUCCCUUGUUUGAUGGCUGGGACUCAAGUCCACUCUGUGUGGGAUCACUUCAGCAGAAUGGCCGUCAUUAUUGACAGUACUUUUCCUUAGGAGGUUGCUUCUGCAUCUUUUCUUUUAGGUGAUUAUUUUUCUUUUUUUCAGUUUCUUUUGUGGUCUUACAUUUGAAGAGGCCUUAAAUACGAACCCGAGUUACGAUCUAGUUGGGUGACUCGUAACUAGAAGAUGGUUCGUCUAGUUUAAAAUGGUACUUUUUAUCCUGCUGUGGUCAAAAACGUACGCAAAGCUACUUGAGUGGAUUUAUUUCUUAAGAUAGACAGAAGGAAUGUUCAGUCAAAUCUAAUGCAUGAGGCACGAUGAACCCAUCGCUGUGGUGGUCUGAUGGAUGUUUUAUAUAAUAUUUUGAGCAAAAAUGUUUUGCAGUACUUGAAGAAAUACAGCCUAUUUUGAGUGGAGUUGAAAACAAAAAUCCCCUGCAGCGUGUCCUUCCAAAGCAAAGAGCUUUUGUGACGGCAUAAGUCUCACUCUCAACCUUACUGGAGUCACACACUAGUCACAGUAUUCCUCCUGAAAUCUGCAGCAUCUUCCAACCUGAUAUGAAGUUCAGCUUUAACCUGUUGAAACUCAUAUUAUUAUUGACAUUAAAAGGGUCAAAUAUUCCUGUUUGCAGUGUACCUUGAAAACAUACUGUAACUUUCAAAACUCGACAUCUUCUUCAUUGAAACUAAGCUUCAAAAAUGCCAUGUACAACUUUCUGAUGUCAGACUGCCUGCAUUUACGUCAACUACGGCACACCUAUUGGGUGUUCAGAAACAGAGGUCUUAAAAAUGCCAACAAAAACAACCCUUUUUAAUUAUAUGAAUUGGAUAGGGUGGAUAAAUGGUCAUGAAAUACUAAAUUAUGACUUUGCCAACAUUAUAAGUCAACCUCAGGGGGAAAAAAUGUAAAAACAAAAUAGAAAUAUAUGUAUGGAAGCCUGUUUCUGGCAUGGAAUAAUAAGACAAUUGUGAGUAUAUCCCCCAUUUCUGACUUCUGUGAGAAUUGUGAGAUAUAAACUCCCAUUCUGAGG